UUAACAGCUGAUUGAUGGAAAAGAUUAUUUCCAAAAUUGCAAUUACAAUUUUUUAUAAAAUUGUUAAACGUAAACUUGAAUGAAAAUUCUAAAACAUUUUCCGUAACUCAUUUGGGCUAUAUUUAAAUUGAAACAAGUAACCUAUUACAUAAAAGAAAGUAGUGAUUACCAUAAUUAUAGUAGGUAUAGUCUUAGUGUAUGAAAAAACUAUAAAUAAUAGCAAAAAAAAUGUUAUCCACAUGUCGCAAUUAUACGGCAUUACACCGUAAUAUAAAUUGGCGGCAUAUAUGUGGUACUACAAAUUUAAUAAAAAAAGAAGAUUUACCGGCCACAGCUUAUAAUCCAGAAAUUAUUGAACGAAAUAAAUAUACACAAUGGGAGGAGAGUGGUUUGUUUACACCAGAGGAAAAUAGCCGAAAACCAAAUUUCAGUAUGGUUUUACCACCUCCAAAUGUUACUGGAAAAUUGCAUUUAGGUCAUGCCUUAGCUUGUACAGUACAGGAUGUCAUAGUGCGCAGACAGAGGUCCCUAGGCCACAAUGUACUGUGGUUACCAGGCACAGACCAUGCCGGUAUCGCUACACAGGGAGUGGUCGAGAAAUAUUUAAAAAGUACACAAAACAAAAACAGACAUGACAUAGGCAGGGAGAACUUUGUCAAAGAAGUGUGGAAAUGGAAAGAGAAGUAUGGCAACACCAUCUGUAAUCAAUUGAGGACUUUGGGUGUAUCUUUAGACUGGUCUAGACAAACCUUCACUAUGGACCCGAAACACACAAACGCAGUGAACACAGCAUUCAUAAGAUUAUUCAAAAAAGGUUUAAUAUACAGAAAAAAGGCUUUAGUAAAUUGGUGUAACGCACUAAAAUCAACUGUAUCAGAUAUAGAAGUAGAGAAUAUUAAUAUAAAUGAGCCGAAAGAUAUACUGUUGCCAGGGUACAGUAAGCCUGUAAAGUUUGGUUUCAUAUACCAAUUUGCAUAUAAAAUAUAUAAUAGUAGUGAAGAAAUUGUAGUAUCUACCACAAUGCCUGAGACUAUGCUCGGUGAUACGGCUAUUGCUGUACACCCCAAUGAUGACAGGUACAAACAUCUUAUAGGUAAAAGGGCGAUUCAUCCAUUCAGGAAGAAUACCAUACCAAUAUUAGCCGACGAUUUUGUCGACGUGGAAUUUGGAACUGGUGCUGUCAAAAUAACUCCAGCACAUAGCAAAGUAGACUAUGAUAUAGGGAAACAACAUAACUUGCCGCUACUGCAGGUGAUAGGCGAAGAUGGUCUCAUCAUGAACGCCGAUAGGUUCAAUCAGCUUCACAGGUAUGAAUGUAGACAAAUAUUGGUCCAAACAUUGAACGAUUUAGGACUUUUAAGAGAAGUGAAGCCACAUCAAAUGACUUUACCAACAUGUAGUCGAACUGGUGAUGUAAUUGAAUAUUUGCCAAAGGAGCAGUGGUUCUUAUCAUGCAGUCAAUUAAAUGAGAAAGCAUCAGAAUAUGUCAAGAGUGGAAAAUUGAGAAUUAUGCCUGAGAAAUUUGUCAAUAAUUGGUUACAUUGGACAAAUGAUGAUAGAGAUUGGUGUAUAUCUAGACAAUUAUGGUGGGGGCACCAAAUACCGGCUUACAAAUGUAGCGUAGAUAAAGAUAUAAUUUGGAUAGCUGCUACUGAUGAAGAAUCAGCAAAAACUGAAGCAUCCAAGUAUUUAAGGACACUACCGAAUUCUAUUAAUUGUGAUAGAGACACAGAUGUUCUAGAUACAUGGUUUUCAUCAGGCAUAUACCCAUUUGCAACAUUAGGUUGGCCAAACCAUCAUUCUAAUGAUGAUUAUAAACAAUUCUAUCCAUUAAGCCUAAUGGCGACUGGUCAUGAUAUACUCGGCUUCUGGGUGAAUAGAAUGGUCAUUCUUGGCUUGGAAUUAACAGACAAAUUGCCAUUUAGUAAUGUGCUGUUACACGGUAUAAUAUGCGACAGUAAAGGAUCUAAAAUGUCUAAGAGCAGAGGCAACGUAAUCGAUCCCAUUGAUGUUAUAAAUGGCGUAUCUAUGGAACAACUUAAGGAUAAAACUUACGCUAUGCACAAACAAGGAGUAUUAACGAAAGAUGAAGUUAAAAGAGCUUUAGAUUACCACAAAAGUAAUUAUUCCGGAACAAAAGGCAUUCCUGAGUGUGGUGUGGACGCAUUGAGAUUUACACUCCUUUCACAAGACAUAAAGUCGCAUUUUGUAAGUUUUGACGUUCAUCAAUGUCACGCAAACAAACUGUUCUGCAAUAAAAUCUGGCAGAGCAUAAAGUACAUGCAGCUAUCUUAUGCUAAACUGAAAAUCUACGAUGGCAGUGUAACGCGUGACGAUUUGACACACUUCGACAAAUGGAUCCUUAGUAGACUGUCAGAGAUGGUGGAAAUCGUGAAUACAUCUAUGGACAGUUAUGAUUUCCAUUUGGCAACCAAAGCUCUGAGAACGUUCAUGUAUAAUGAAUUUUGUGAUGUUUAUUUAGAAGCCACUAAGCCAGGUUUCGAUAAUGAUGUAAAAAUGGGUUAUGCUCAUGCGCAUACUUUAUCUGCAGUUUUAAGUACAUCUUUAAGGUGUUUGGCUCCAUUUAUGGUUUACAUUACUGACGAAUUAAUACCAAAGGUACCAACAUUAGAAACUAAUAUUAUAUACAAUUUUAACGACGCUAAUAAGAAAUAUUUAGAAUUUCCAAAAACGGAAGACUUUAGAAUAUGGAAGAAUAGUAGUUUAGAGAAACAAACAAAUAGAUUAUUAGGAGCUGUUAAUUUAAUUAGAGAACUGAAGGGACUGUACAAUAUUUCAAAUAAAUCGAGACAUUCGAUUUGUGUUAAAACAUCAGAUGGCACUUUAGUGGAUGAUAUAGAAAACAUUAAACCAGUAGUGUUGCAUCUAACUCGGUGUAGCAAUUUGGUAUAUGAGACGGACACUAAUAAGAAUUAUGUAAGAGGUAUAUUAGAUAAAGAUACGGAAUUAUAUAUUGAAAUUGUUGGCGAUAAGAUUGAAAAUAUAAUAUCAACUGCAAGGAAUCGUGUGGAGAAAAAAAUAAAGAAGUUAGAAGAAGCUGUUUUUAAAAUGGAAGAGAAAUGUUCAAAUAGUCAUUAUUUAAACACUGUAUCAGAGUGGACGCAAGUUUCGGAUAGGGAAAAAUUACUAACAAAGAAGCAAGAAUUACAGCAUUUACAAAGACUGAUAUAGAUAAAAAAAUAUAGUAGAUUCUGUAGACAACCAGUUUAGGUAAUAAAUAAUUACAUAACUUACUCCAAAAAUUCACCUACCGGGUCCAAUUGUGUUUUGAAAUCA